GAGGGGGGGCGGCGAGAGGAAGUGGCGGCCGCAGCCGGGGGAGACUAGAGCUGUGUCUGCGCGGGCGGCAGGCAACGGCUGAGGCGGGCGGCGGUAGCGUGGGUUGGGCUCCAGCAGACGGCCGCACCUCAGACUCCCUGGAGCGGGAGCCCACGCGGGCGGGCUCCUGAAACAAAGAGAAGCGGGAGUCCGGACGCCGCGGGUGGGCGGUCAGCCGGUCAGCACUAGAGCCCGCCAGCGGGUGCCCGCGCUAGCCUGGAGCGCGGCCGGCCGGCGCGGCCUGAGGGCGGGAAGAUGCCGCGCGUCGUACCGGACCAGCGGAGCAAGUUCGAGAACGAGGAGUUCUUCAGGAAGCUGAGCCGCGAGUGUGAGAUUAAGUACACGGGCUUCAGGGACCGGCCCCACGAGGAGCGCCAGACACGCUUCCAGAACGCCUGCCGCGACGGCCGCUCGGAGAUCGCUUUUGUGGCUACAGGAACCAAUCUGUCUCUCCAGUUUUUUCCGGCCAGCUGGCAGGGAGAACAGCGACAAACACCUAGCCGGGAAUAUGUCGACUUAGAAAGAGAAGCAGGCAAGGUAUACUUGAAGGCUCCCAUGAUUCUGAAUGGAGUAUGUGUUAUAUGGAAGGGCUGGAUUGAUCUCCACAGAUUGGACGGUAUGGGUUGCCUGGAGUUUGAUGAGGAACGAGCCCAGCAGGAAGAUGCAUUAGCACAACAGGCCUUUGAAGAGGCUCGAAGAAGAACUCGAGAAUUUGAGGAUAGAGACAGGUCUCACCGGGAGGAAAUGGAGGUGAGAGUCUCACAGCUGCUGGCAGUGACUGGCAAGAAGACAGCAAGACCCUAGUCCUGGCUCUAAUUUAGGUGGUGGUGACGAUCUCAAGCUUCGUUAAUUGGAGCACAGCACCUGUGCCCUCCAUCUCUACAUACACACUGCUUCUGUUGGUAUAAAUAACUCAUUGUGCGACCAGAAACUGUGAUAACUGGAGGUACUGCAGUAUAUUUCAUGACCUGAGGCAGGAAAAGACAUCAUCAGCUGCCAUGGUUUUGCACUAUAAUACCUGCAUUUCUGAUUUUUAAAACAUGUAGCCAGUGAUAAUUUGAAAUUUUUUUCUAUGCAAGCUUAUCUUGUUGGCAUUAUUUUAGUUAGGUUGAAAGUAUCUACUUUCUUCAUUUUAACUUAAAAGUUCAUGUUAUUUAGAAACAGGAUAAGAAAUUAAAAUUGUAUCAGGGUUCCUUAAGAUUCCUUUAUACUUUCAGACGAGUUGGUUAUACAGCUUUCCUUCUUAGAUAAAGGUUCUUGGUUUUUGUUUUCUCUAUAUCAUUUUGUGUUUUUGUAUUCUGCAUUUGUACCAUUUUACAAAUGAAGAUGUGUUUGCAGUUUUUUUUUCCAGCUAAAAACCUAGAAUAGAGCUGUCUAUCACAGCCUCCUAAAACAAGUUUACAGUUGUUAAAGCCACAGUAUCCUUUUAAAUGCUAAUAAUCACCCUUUCUUUCCCUUUUAAACAUAAAAAAUUUAAAUUAGUAUUAAAUUUUGUUUCAGCCCUUGUUUGAAGCUGUAUUCUACAGUCGUGCGUUUGGGUAGAGAUAUUCCUCAUAGGUGAUAAUGCUCUAAGGAGAUGCCCAGAGAAGUCACAGACUGGCUCUGUUUAUUCAGGGAUUUUUUUUUUUUUUUUAAUAAGUCAGAAAAAGGAUACUGGAACUUCUUGUAUGUAACAGCAUAUUAAACUGGAGGCAGUGAUAAAUCAGCUACAGAGGUAAAUUGUGUUAAAAUAAUGUUUAAGAUAGCUGCUUUCAUGUGUAUUUUGUAUUGCAUGCUUUUGUAGAAACAAAAUUGGGUGAUGAAAGUAAGUCUUAGAAAAUGUUCAUCUGUGCAGAAGAUACAUUUUCUUCCAUUAAUUCUGGGCGAAACAUUCACAGUUAUAUAUGAUGGUAUUUUACAAAAGGACUAUUAAUAGUGCCUUUUGAGAUGAAUCAGUGUAACAAUAUUUUUUAAACAGGCUUAGUGUCAAAUUGCAAUUUUUUUAAAUAUAAAACUGGAAAAAAGUGCUAAGUCAUUGGCACAUGCUUACAGAUACUUUUCGUGGUCAUAUUCAUUAAAUGUUACUACAUUUCUGAAUUUUUGCAAAAAUGUAUUUUAUCAUAAAAUGGCAUUAUUUUAGAGAAUUUUAAAAACUGACAUGGUCAAUUCAGAAAAGUCUGAAUAAGGUCAUUGCAUUUAAAAAGCAUAUAAAGAUACUUGAUUGUGGAGGUGUGUCUUUCAUUGUAUAUAGGUCUUAUAAUUCAUAAACAAGUACCCUGUAUCUCAAAAUAAAAAUAUUUGUUAUAUAUUUGAAGUCGUGCAUGAUAAGGACUGUGUUUGAAUUAUUAUAAACAAUAAUGUGUUAGAAAAGAUCAUGCUGACCGUGUAUUACUAAGCACUAUGAAUGGAUUUGGUCGGUAUUUGGUGUUGUACAGCUCACAUGUUUACACUCUCAGUGCCCUGAUUCCUCUGGGGGAAUUACCUUUUUAAAGUGAACCUUUAUUUUUUAAAAUAACAUGUUGGUGGCACAUUUUCUCUGUUGCUUCUAGCCGAGAGCUUUCAGUCCAGCAGUAAAUAAGAUCCCAUGAUAUUAAUGUUGUUACCAUCUCUCUGUAAAUAGUGAAUGUUUCUUACUAGUUCUGCACUGCUUCUGUCUGUCUUAAUGCUGGCGUUAAGAUCAUAAAACUCCUUUUCUCCGGUAGUGCAGGCUUUGAAAAUUACUUUUAAGUUAUUGAUGCAAGUUCAUAUUUUUCCAUAAUCUAUAUUUAAAAUGAUAUUAUUGCAUCAUUUUUUUAAAAAUUUCAUCUCCAUUAAAACUUGCCUUAAGCUACCAGAUUGCUUUGCCAUUAGCUUUUACUGUACAUUUGUAUGUCUUAUUUACUUUCACAUUAAAAUUCUGUGUAGUGAAAA